UGGAGCUGUUUUUCAUUUCCCUCGGUGCAGCAGUUGUCGUUUACUAUGGAAUGAAACUGCUGUUUUCCAGCAGGAUGCUUUUUCCAAAACUGUGGUUUCCACUGUCAAAGACAUUCUUUACCUCAAUGGGAGAGUGGGCAGGAGGAACUGGAGCCGAUCCCAGCGGACAUUGGGCAAGAGGCGGGGUAAACCCUGAGCAGGUUGCAGGGGUAUCACAAGUCCAACAGAGACAAACAACCAUUCACAGCCACACUCACACCUAGUUAAUUCAGAGCUUCAAAUCAACCCAAUCCUAAUUUGCAAGUCUUUGAACUGUGGGAGGAAGCGGGACUCCCCUGACAAUGACCAUCCAGACACGGGGACCAUGCAAACUCCACACAGAAAGACCCUGGCUGAUCCAGGAAUCGAACCAAUAACCUUAUUGCUGAGAACAACAGUGCCAACCACUAUUUACCUUGGUUUAAACAAAUGUUUUAUUCUCUCUGGAAGCAGAAGAAGCUCAGUAAACACUGUAACUGCAUUAGAACAAGGAAAAUAUCAUUCUGACAAAUGGUGCCGUCUGGACAAUUAUGACGAUGAGAAACAAGUGGCUCUUCAUACCAAAAAAAAAGAUUUUGACUUACAUGUUUACCUCAGUACUUUUAUACUUUAAUAUCUCACUGGCAGUUAUGAUGCACUAAUACAAAAGGGACAUUGAUGAAGACUAAAAUAAAAGCAACUUCUGGGACAUAAAAUAGAGCAAUCAAAAUGAAACAAAACAGUUUGUGUGUGUGUAUUUUAUAUAAGAUCAGGUCUGUGGUUGUGUAACAUUGACCCACUGACUGACCAAUAGGAAUCUGUGUCAUUGUGUCAAGAUCCCCUCCUCUUUGAAGAAAUGCCUCCAGUGGCAUUUAAGGUCACUGAACUCAUGUAGGAAAAGGGCUGAGUCAUGUCUGAGAAUGGUCACAGGGAUUAUGAUUCUGCAAUUGUUUUUUUUAUUUAAUUCACCCAAAAUGAGUCUCGAGUAACCACCUACUUGAAAAUGUCAUUGCUAUGAUAAUAGCUGUAAAAUGUUGUGAACCAGAUACUUUAAGAACUAUAGCAAGGGUCUUUCUCACCCAUAUGUCUUUAUGAGAAGACCAGAAGGGUAAUAAUAUCUAAGUUACUGAAUUACAGAGCUAAUUCAAGCUGAGCAGACAAACUGACGAUGAGAGGACAGAGGUUAAAUACACAAGAUAAGUGGGCACAGGCGUAGGAAAGUAACAGGAAGUAAAAGAACCAAAUGACACACAAGGUUAAAAAGCCAGGCUGGAAACACGGCUCAGUAUAUUUUUCUUUGUCGAAUCUCAUGAAAUUUAAGUGUGGCAAGAGGGAUGUCCAAGGACAUUUGGGGCUCCAUGCAAACAGGCACCUGGGGGGCCCUACAAAGAACCAAACCAAACCACCCCCCAAAAGUGAGUGAUACCAAAUCACAUCAUUCCAAUCUUCAAACCAUUCUUUUCCUAUUAAAAUGAUAAACAAAGUGCAAACUAUGAUACACAGUUAUACCAGUAAAGUAGGAACGUUUAAAAGCAACAUACCCACAUUUAGAUCUUCUACCUCUCUACAGCCCCCUCUCACCAAUUGCCUGUUUUUACAAUCUUGUUGCAACGCCCCUGCAAAAUAACAUAUCAUCCAUCACCUUGGGAGAAACAAUAGUCAAGUGAUUUGCAAUGUUGUCUCACAGCAGGAAGAUUCAUGGGUCCGAUCCCGGUUUGGCUGAGUGCUGUGGGUGGAGUCUACAUGUACUUCUUUUGUCAGCCUGGAUUUUCUUUGGCUUCCUCCCACAAUCCAAGCAAGCAGAUCGGGGUUAGGUUAAUUUAAGAUUCUAGAUUAGUGGUCUCCCUGUGUCUGGAUGGUGUUUUUACAGUUACUCCCGCUUCCUUCCCCCAUUCCAAAGACAUGCAAGUUGGGACUGGGUUGAUUGGAAGCUCUUAAUUGACCUUAAGAGUGAGUGUGACUGUGAAUGGUUGUUUGUCCCUGUAUAUCAGCCCUGCAAUGAGCUGGUGACGCCUCCUCCAUCCCUUUGUCAGCUGGGAUUGCACACUCUCCAAAUGGGAUGGGUUGGGUUUGGGUCAAUACAAACAUGAAAUGCUCUUCCUCUAUGCAGCAGCAGAGGAAGAGCGAUUGGGUUUUUUGGCUCGUAUUCACAGUGCCUCCGGUGUUUAGAAUGGAAACUACAGGACAAUAUGACAAGUGGUGGAAAUCAAUUAAAAUGGUGACCGGUGCUUCAGAAGGAAUAGGGAGAGCGUACGCAUUUGCACUGGCCGAGCGAGGGAUGAACGUGGUUAUCAUGAGCAGAACAAAAGUAACACUGGACCAAGUAGCAAAUGAAAUUGCUGAUAAAACAGGGCAGAAGGUGAAAGUGAUAGUGACGGACUUCACAAAGGAAAAUGUCUUCGGUGAAAUCAAGGAUCAACUUGAGGAUCUCAACAUCGGGAUUUUAAUCAAUAAUGUCGGCAUGUUGCCCAACUUCAUCCCCAGCAAAUUCCUGGAGUGUGCAGACCUGGAUCAGACAAUUACCAAGGUGAUCAACUGCAAUGUGAAGACAAUGGCCAAGAUGUGCAGAAUAAUCCUUCCAGGCAUGGCCAACAGAGGAAAAGGGCUGAUUGUGAAUAUUUCAUCUGGAGUUGCUUGCAUCCCUUUCCCCCUGUAUACCCUGUAUUCUGCGUCCAAGGUGUUUGUGGAGAGACUUUCUCAAGGUCUUCACGCUGAAUACAAAGAUAAAGGGGUUAUAAUACAGGCGGUCGCUCCGUUCGGGGUCUCCACUCGGAUGGCCGGCUACGUUCACACCAACAUCGUGACGCCGUCGCCGGAAGACUUCGUAAAAAGCUCCCUGCGAUACCUGAGAGCUGGAGACAAGACAUUCGGCAGCGUCUGUCACACACUCAUGGGCUGGGUUCUGCAGUCUGUUCCUCUCAAGCUUCUCCAUGCAGAGUCAAUGUUACACAGCCUGCAGCACUAUGUGAAGAAGAAACCCUGAAUCUCUGCAUCAAGUACAACUUUGAAAAUGAAAUAAAUGAAUAAACAGGAAGACUCACUAGGAGUAAUUUGGCUCAAAUAUAUUUAAAUAUAAAUAUACAUGUGAAACUGGUCUCUACAAAUCAUUGUUUCGGUUUCUUGAACAAAGCGAUGGAUGGUCUAACUUGUGAAAGUAUUGUCGAUAGGAGUUCUAGCCACCGGUGUGAUAUUUAUUCUGUUUUUAGCGUUUGUUACAUAGUUGGUAAACCACCCUCAGGAAAGCACAUUUAUGAAUCAUUUGUUUUUUUUGUGUGUAGUUUUGUUUUCAUCUCUUUAAUGUUUCUAGCUUUUCUGUCCGUCCUGCAUGGAGAGGGGUCCUCACCAACUCUCUCUGAGGAUUCUACAUUUCCCGCUGUAAAAUAUGGUCGUUUUUUCCUCACAGAGGAUGUCGCACCUUGUUAAGCUCUAUAAGGACAAAUUGGAAUUUGUGAAAACAGGCUAAACAAAUUAAAUUGUUGAAAUAGAUAGAAUAUUUUUUUCCUCAUUUUUUACCUGCAUGUGCCUCUGUGUAUUUGUGUAUAUUUAUUUUCUUAUAUUUCAGUGUAAAGGUAAUUAAGGCUGUGUCCAGCCUCUCGACCAAUGUCAUUUGUUCAAAUAAAAACAAUGACCUUAA